GUGAAACGAAUAUAUCGGGAGGGGUUUUCCACGCAAAGCACUUCCUUUACUUGUUUUGCUUUCGAUCUGGACACUGAAAUAGGCUAAUAGUUUUCAUUUUGGUACACAAAAUCACACACUACACGGGGAUAACUUUGCGACUGGCAAGAGGACUGUCGAUACCUCUAGUUGAAUAGAACACUUUAUCGCAGGCCACCAUGCCAGUGGAGAGGAUGCGCAUGCGGCCAUGGUUGGAGGAACAGAUCAACUCUUGCCUAAUUCCUGGGCUGAAAUGGGUUAAUAGAGAGAAGAGGAUCUUCCAGAUUCCAUGGAUGCAUGCUGCAAGACAUGGCUGGGAUUUGGAAAAAGAUGCUCCUUUAUUCAAGAACUGGGCCAUUCAUACAGGAAAAUACCAACUAGGGAUCGACAAACCAGACCCGAAAACAUGGAAGGCCAAUUUCCGCUGUGCAAUGAACUCUCUGCCUGAUAUUGAGGAGGUGAAAGACAAGAGCAUCAAGAAGGGAACUAACGCUUUCAGGGUAUACAAGAUGCUUUCUGCGUCAGAGCGCCAGACCAAAAAAGGAAAGAAAAAGAGGGAAAAAGAGGGAAAAAACAAGGAACAGGUGGAGCCCAGGUCCUCAUCCACGGAGAGCAUGAAUGGGUCUGUUGAAGACCAUGAAGUGGUGAAGGUAGAGUUGAAGGAUGAAGUGAAAGAGGAGUACAUUACAGACUGCACAGAAUAUCUUCAUCCGGGCAGUCGCAGCCCUGGGGAUGACCAGCUGAUCAUCGAUGACCUGCCAUAUGUGUGUCAGACCAUCGAGGUGACCACGGAGAAUGAGGAGCAGUCGGUCAGCUCCAGCCACCCGUAUCCACUCCAGAUCUCCCCUGUGUCCUCGUAUGGAGAGAGUGACACAGACAGUGUGCACAGUGAAGAGGACUCUAAGGGGCAUCUUCGUGGCGGGCUGUGGGGAUCACGUUUAGCUUCCUCUGUGCUGAGAGUACCAUCGUGCUCACUACCCAGCAUGGCCACCUUUGUCACUACUGGAAAGGUAACCAACUUCAAAGUGACCAGCACCAGGGACCCCAUGCCCCUCAUCAGCUACAACAACAGCCCCUGGAAAAGGGACAUGCCAGCAGCCCAGCACACUCCUUCAGAGCAGGCUUCCUCCAGCCAGGCCUCUGCUGCAGAGACCCGAGCCAGCGUUAUCGUGAAGACCUCAGACAUCUCUAAGUCCUCUGUCAAGACCUGCUGAGGACCUGGCAGUGCAGUGACUCAAGAAAUGGGCCAGUCAGUGGCAGGCUUGGCGUGGAAAAGCCUUGAUCACUGCUGGCCUUCUUGUUCGACCAGAGUGCCUGCUGGCCUUCUUGUUCGACCAGAGUGCCUACUCAUAGGAAUGACUGGGACAUACAGUACAGUAUAGGGGUAUGGGGCUCUGUGAGCUGUAGAAUAUGGAUCGAUGCCUAAACUGAACCUCCCAAGAUCUCAGGGUCUUUUAGAUGCGAUGAGAGAGAAUUCAUUGACAAACUGUGAAAAUAUUUGUUGGGCAUCUCAUCCCACUCUUCGCCCACUGUUAAUAAUGUACAUGCUAAUUUGUCUGCGUAAUGGCAAACCGCUUCUGCACCUUAUGGACAGCACUGACAGGGAUGUGUCUGGCCACUCUGGGCUAUGUAUGUGUGUACACUAACAACAAAGCUGAAGCCAUAGUAGAGGCCUUGCUUAUCUAUGGCUCACUUUGCAACCUUGUCUUUGGCCUUCGAGGAGAUAGGAUAAAAGGAUGAAGUGAAUAAAUGCUCUUGGUAAUUUAUCUAGAUGCCUUUUAAGGCACUUUCUUUUAAGCACUUAUAUAUAUAUAAGGUACAUUUUAAUCUAGGGUGGACAAUUAUACAAUUUGUAUAUUUUUCCCCCAAAAUGAAAGAUUUCAGAUUAUUUGUUAGAUACAUUUUUUUUAUUGUUAUUUACAUGACACAUGAGGAAGAAAAUAUAUAUUUUCCAUCAACAUGUCUGCAUUUGUGACAUCUACUGUAUGUGAAAUUGUAUAUGCUUGUAGCUUACUGUAUGUGUGUAUAUGCAUUACCAGUCAAAAGUUUGGACACACCUACUCAUUCAAGUGUUUUUCUUUUCAUUUUACUUUUUUCUACAUUGUAGAAUA